GCUUUGCAUGUCUUGACCAACCAUUCUCGGACUCCCGUCUGGCACAGAGUUCCGCAAUGGCGCGACUUGCCAGGUAGGACGUAGGCUUUGUUGGUUGCCACCUGGGGGCUGGAAAGGGGACAGUUCGGCAUGUGAAGAAGUGAGUAUCGUCGAAGGGACUCUGCAAAUAGUUCGCUGGCUUGACGAGGGACCCGGUUUCAGACCUUUUCCAGAUGGAGCCAGCCCCUAAGAAAACAGUUGCGGAAGUCGCCCCAGGCAUAGCCGCCGAUCCUGUGGUGGCUAGAAGGCCGGAGCAAUGGGGGUUGCUGACAGCAGUGUCGGCUGCCGCAAAGGAGCGCAAGCAGGGUCAGGACAUCAUUCUCUACAGAAAGGAGCAUUUGCUCGGCAGACUCGUCCCAGACACCCACUACAAGUUUGACCUGACCAACGUCAGCGGAAAGCACUGUAAAGUGUUUCUGGAAACCAGGAAAACCGAAGAGGGAGAGGAGACGGUGGUUCUCGUGCAAGACUCCAGCUCGAAUGGCACGUUUAUCAACGGCGUGCGAUUGGAGAAGGGGGGGACGCCUUUGGUGCUCCAGAAUGCCGACAUACUUUCCCUGGUGGGCGUGCCUGAUGCUGAUGCCGCACUUGCCUAUGUCUUCCGGGCGGUCAACGCGAUCGGGGCCCCUUUGCCUGCUGAGCAAAUUGUGGCUGCCAAGCCCCAACAGCCUGCGCCAGCCCCUGUUCGGCAGCCGGCCCCCAAGCGGAAGCCGUCACCCCCUGCGUCGGGCGUGGUUGGAAGCGAGCAGCCUUCAGAGGGAAAAAGAGCACGAGCGGGCGACGGAGCUGCAGACGUGGUGCGCUUGGACGACAUGAAGAGACUGCAAAGGUCCAACGAGGAGUUGACCAGAGGGAAGGAGGCUCAGCAGCGGACCAUCGAGGCAUUGAAGGCGGACAUGCGGAGCGCCGAGCAGAAGCAUCAGGAAGAGAAGGCGGAGAUGGAAAAGGGCUGGAAGGCGAAGCUGGAGCAAGCACAGGCCGAAGCAAAGGAACACGUGGCAGGCCUGGAGCGGUCGAAAGCGGCCCAGUCGCAGCAGCAGAGCGCCAUAGAAGACCUGCAACGGCGGCUGGAAGCCGCGGGGCAAUCCAGGAAGGAAGCCGACGAGGCCAUCAAAAACCACCUGACGACCAUUAACGAGCUUACACGUGGCCUCGACAACGAGCGGAAGGCCCGGGCCGCCGAGAAGCUCCAGGCAGAGGACGAGCAGAAAGCGGCAGUAGAAAAAGUGCGAGCGGAGGCGCAAGCAGAGCUCGCGCGUAAGACGGAGGGGGCCGAGAGGGAGAAGGAGGAGCAGGCCAAGCGGCUGCAGCAGCUACAGGACACCGAAAAGGAGAUUCGUACGCAGAACGAGUCGUUGCGCGCCAAGCUGGAGCAGCAGCGCGAGCUGCUCGUGGGAGCGCAGGAGCAGGAGCGGCGGCUACAGGCCCGAGUGGCGGAGGAGCGGGCGGGCACGGGGGCGCAGCGUGCGCAACUAGAGGCGGCGCAGGCGGAGCUGCGGAAGAAGGAGGACGCUCUGCAACUAGAGCGGGCCCAGCGCGUCCAGGCGGAGAGCAGUGUCAAGUCGCUGUCGACACGCCUUGAAGAGAUGACCAACAAGCUGGCGUUUGAGACGGAGCGGCUUCACGGCUUAAAGGACCGCAUCCUGGUGCGCGAAACGCAGCUGCGCGCGUUCCACAGCACGACGGCCAAGGCGUUCCCAUUGCUCCAGACCAUGAUGGAGCAGCUCGACACGAUGAGGAGCGUGAGCAAACUGUCAGCAGAGGACGAGCAAGAAAUCACUCGCAGCGGGGGGGAGGGUUCCAAAGGCACGGUUAACCCCCCUGAGGCAAACGAGCUCGCGGAGGGGGGCGAGGAUGACACUGGAAACAGCCCCCUGAGGCGAGAUGAGGAGAUGGCGGACGCAGAGGAGGCGUGGAGAGAUGUCAAUAUGACGCAACUCGAAGAGGAUGAGGAGUUCGUCUUGAGCACCGCGCCUGUGAGGCGGACUCCGCAGAAGACCCCCCCGAAAAGUUUGCGGGUUGCGUCGCCCGCUCAGAGGGGGUCAGCUUCGAAGACGCCCGGGUUAAGGGCGGGGUUAGCGUCGCCGGGUGGGGUUAGCAGGGCGUUAAAGUUCGGGCAGGAGAACGGGGGUACGUCUCAGGAGGAAGAACAGGAGGGAAGUAAAGACUUGGGGCGGGAAGGGGGUAUGCUUGGCGAAGUGUUUGCCAAACCAGCGGAUCGGGAACCCGUGCAGAAGACGCCUGGAAAGGCGGAGAACGGGGAAGAGGAGCAAAACGGUGGAGAACUAGAAGGAGAAAGAAAACAGGAUGCCGACAAGGAAACGCAGGACGAAGAAGAGAUCGAGAAAGAACAGGAGGGUAGAAAUGGAAUUGAGGGCAAAGAGAAGAGCCAGGACGAGAGUCAACGAGGGAAAGACGAGAGUGAGAAAGUCGAGGGAGAGGGGCUGGGGCCGAGGGACCAGGAGACGUUGCUGAUGGAAGAUGACGUCAUUGGCACUGUUCCCGCUACGUAUGCAGUCGGGACGCUCCUCAUGGAGGAGCCUGAGGGUGGGGAGCUGGGUAGCCUGGAGGGGGGCUUGGGCACAGGCAAAUCUGCCCCCCUGGCGCAGAUCCCGGAGGAAGUGGAAGAGGGGGAGAUCCGGGAUGAUGAGGAGGGAGGGACAGCGGAGGGGCAAGAAUUCACACAGCUGAACAACGGCGCGACGCAGGCGGUGGGAAAACUUCCUGAGGGCGAGAACGAGGAGGAAGUUGGGGGUGAGGAGAAGGAAACUGCAGAAGACGGGGCCGUGCAAAACGGAGAGCGUGCAGGGGGGUCGGAAGCGCAGGCUGAUCAGACCCCCCGGAACGAAGCCCCUCGAGGUGGAAAGGACUCCCUGGAAAAUGGGCAGCCCCCCGAAAGUUUUCAGAUGUCUGAAUAUGCGGACGGUACUCCGAGGGGGGGCUCGGACGCCUUUGAGCUCACGGGAAGCCGGCGGGUUUCUUUGGGGGAUCCGCUGAAGGGGCUCCAAAACCGCAGGGAGAGCACAGGGGGGCGGCGGGAGAGCCUGCUUGAGAAGAUGGACUUGAUAAUGGACGCGGAUUUCACGGACACGGAGAAAGGGGUCCCAGCCAGCCCCGCGGCCCAGGGCGCAACGCAGCUCCUUUCUAACAGCCAACGCGCCAAGCACCCCAGCCCGGACUCCGUUCUGCCCGCUAGCCCAAAACGAGGGGCUAUUAGCAGCCUUCUGGCAGCCGGGAUUGCGGGCGGGUGGCGCAAAGGGGGUUCCGACGGCUUCUGGGCAGGUCUGAAUCUGAACGACAAACCCCCCCCGGCAAGCGCCCCCGCCGGGCCUCGGCCUGUGUUGGCCGGGGCGUCGCCUUCGACGGCGCGGGCGCUGUUCCGGCGGAAGUCUAGCGAGUUUCUCGGGGACUCGGGAUCCGAGCCGGGUGCAAAGCGGUUUAAGGCGGCCGGUGACGACGACGUCGUGCAAGACUCGGGGAGCCAGCGCACAGCGGACGGAGGCCUCCGGACCGAGAGCGUGGCGCGAAAGAGGGGCGGCAGCAGUGAGGAAAAGGAGCCCCUCGAUGACGCCAGCGGCCACGACGAUGACGUCGGCGAGGGGGGCGAUGACGACGAUCCCCCUGCCCGGCCCGCGCGUGAGCUCGUCUCGUCGCAACGGAGCGUCAGCGGGAAGGCCCUCGAAAGCGCGCCGAGCCCCGCUUCCGUCAGCAUUGGGAACCGCCGAGGCCCUGUAGAGGACGACAUUGACGGCGCCGCACAGGCAGAGGAGGCGGACCCCGAGGCCCCACAGGGCCCCGUGGAGACGCAGGCCACCGGAAACGACCUGGCGGGGGGUGGUGAGAGUGACCCGUUUCGGGUGGGGGGGUUUCCUGGCCCGGGCAGCGCGCCUCUUCCGAGCAGCCUGGCGGGCCUGCAGUGCAGCGAGGCGCUGACGUCAGCGCGGACCGCUGACUUCACCGAGAGCCCCGUGGAGCCGACGCCCGCCGCGAUGCCCCCCCCCACGGUGCCUCCCCCGGCACCGAAGGCGCGGACGCCGCGGCAGGCAGAGAGGGUUGGGAGGGGGGGGUUCGGAAAUGACCCCCUGGCGGGGCUGGACGUCAUGCUUGACAUCAUGCGGCCAGCAGGGGACAUGGGCGAGAGUUUGCAGAGCGAUGGAAGGGUUGGGGAUUCGGAGAUUGAGUCGGAGGACGAGGAUUUGUUGGAGGAGGGAGCAAGUGAUUAUGAGGGAGGGGAGCGGGGAGCGCCCGUGGGGACGGAGGUUUUGGCCAACGGGCGGGGCGGGUGA